AUGCUGCUAGUGGCCGUCUCUGAUUGUGGAGGAAGACGUGUCUCGGACUCUCCAUUUUACAAUGUGCUUCGGGAUCCGAGCAAGAGACCAUCUAUGGGUGAUGAUCCUCUCCCUUGGCUAAUCGAACUUCGUGACAUCGUGAUUCGUAUGGAUGACAAAUCGUUGCCUCACAUUAGACACGAACUCGGGGACAAUCGUUGGUGUCAACUGAUAUACCUCAACAUUCGAAAAACCGAUGCUCGAACACUUGUGAAAACCAAGGUUGGGAAGGUUGAUGUCUCUGAUUGGGAUUUAUUACCACAAGAGACUGGUAUCUCCGUACGUCCCCAAUGA